UCUGUUCACGUGGAGUCAUAGGGAUGAUGGCAGCACCAUGUGGGAUUAUUGGCACGCUCUGUGUUUCACACAGCACCUUAACUUUGCUCUUGUAGGUACAGACAUGAAUCAAGAAAAACUGGCCAAACUCCAGGCUGAGGUGCGGAUUGGAGGCAAGGGCUCAGCACGCAGAAAGAAGAAGGUGGUGCACAGAACAGCUGGCGAAAAAAAAAUUCAUACCUUUCUCAAAAAGAGUGGUGUCAGUGAAAUCACUGGCAUUGAGGAGGUGAACAUGUUCAAUGAUGAUGGCACUGUAAUUCACUUCAACUACCCCAGAGUUCAGGCCUCUGCGGCCUCUAAAGUAUUCGCCAUCACGGGCCACGCUGAGCUUCAGCAGAUGAUUGAGAUACUCCCGGGCAUCUUCGCUCAGCUGAGGCCCACUGCCCCCACCAGAGAGUGCAGACCAGAAGACGAGGGUGCAGCUCUGGACAGCACGGUUCCAAAGACAGAAGAUAUCGAGUAGGAGGUCAUCAAUUUCCCAGAUAUGGAGGAGAGUUUUGAUUAUACCUCAGAGAAUGAGGCGAUCUAAACAUACGAGUUUCAUAUGGACCGGACUGCAAUGGAGUCAGAACCUGAAGCAAGCAACGUUUGAAAG